AUGGUCUCCUUCAACCCCCUCUCCCUUUUCAAAUCCUCCAAGGAUGAACAAGCCAACUCAAACCCAACCUUCGACCCAAACACACUCACCAUGGUGCAACCGGGGAGUCCCAACGGGCCAUCCAUGAACGCCAACAGCAACGCGAACGGCGUUGUUUCCGAACAGCCUGUGCGCCAGGAGCAGAUGGACACAGGAAAUGAUAUGCACCUGCGAGGUGGUGGCGGUGGUGGGUUCUGCUGCGGGAUUUGCGCCGGUCUUGCCUGCUUCGAGUGCUGUGAGAUUUGCUGCUAG